AGAGAGCAGAAGUGGACCAGAAUGUUUAAAGGACACAGGCAGUGAGCAGAAGUCUGUGAGAAUGAGCGACGUGGUGGAGAGUUUAGAUCCUCAGGAGCUCUGCUUUGACGAAGAGGAUGUCGAGGAUGCAGACUUCGAUCCCGACCGGUGCUAUAUCCCGUUUUCCUGCAUCUAUAAGACCGUGGGCUUUAAAGAAAGUGGAGCUCAAGUUUUUCUUUCCACUGAACUGAUUACAGCCCGAGUUCUGGAAGUGGAGCGAUUCACCAGGGCCAUGGACCGAUUUAAUCCAUCCGGCAAAAGGAGUGCAUCCAAGGCCAUGCCGGCUGUGUUCCGUAUCGAGUUGAAACACGGAAACUUCACCUGGGUUGUGAAGCGAAAAGAGAAACACUUCAUGGAGUUACACAGGGAGUUACUACGCUACAAAACCUUCAUUAUGAUUCCUUUACCCUCACGCAGUCACACAGUUCGCAGGAAGAGUGUGAAUAAGAGUGAGGUGCGGCAGAUGCCCGUAUUACCUCGCGGAGGGAGAGAGGAAAUUACCAAGGAUGAGCAGGUGUCCAGCAGACGAAAACAGUUGGAGGAUUACCUGAACAAACUGCUGCGGAUGGCCACCUACCGCAGAUACCAUGCCACAAUGGAGUUCAUUGAUGUGAGUCAGAUGUCCUUCAUUCAUGACUUGGGACCAAAAGGAUUAGAAGGGAUGGUGUACAAAAGGUCAGGAGGUCACCGCAUCCCCAGCAUGAACUGCUGCGGACACAGUCAGAUCUGUUACCGCUGGUCCAAGAGAUGGCUAGUGAUGAAGGACUCGUUCCUUAUGUACCUGAAACCCGACACCGGCGCCGUCUCCUUCGUUCUCCUGGUGGACAAAGAGUUCAGCGUCAAGAUGGACUUUAAACACACUGAGACCAAACAUGGAGUGAGGAUCGACAACCUGUCCAGGUCUCUGGUGUUAAAGUGUAGCAGUUACAGACACGCCCGUUGGUGGGGACAGUCCAUUGAGGAGUUUGUACAGAAACACGGACGGCAGUUUUUCACGACGCACCGCUUCAACUCUUUUGCCAAAGAACAGGAACACAUCCCCGCCAAGUGGUAUGUAAAUGGUAAGACCUACAUGGAGGAUGUAGCUGAUGCUCUGGAAGCAGCAAAAGAGGAGAUCUUCAUUACCGACUGGUGGCUGAGUCCAGAGAUUUUCCUGAAGAGGCCGGUGGUGGAGGGGAACCGCUGGAGACUUGAUUGCAUCUUGAAGCGCAAAGCGCAACAAGGUGUACAUAUCUUUGUGAUGCUCUAUAAGGAAGUUGAACUCGCUCUCGGCAUCAACAGUGAAUACAGCAAGAGAACGCUGAUGCACCUUCACCCCAAUAUCAAGGUAUUGAGGCAUCCAGACCAUGUCUCCUCUUCUGUCUAUCUUUGGGCUCAUCAUGAGAAACUCGUUGUGAUCGACCAAUCAGUGGCCUUCGUCGGGGGAAUCGAUUUAGCGUACGGUCGCUGGGACGACUGUGAACACCGACUCACUGACAUGGGGAGUGUGACUCGCUCCACAGCUCAGGAUCAGGUGGACAGUUUGGGACUUUCCUCCGUUAAUGGGUCCAGAUCUCUGGAAUUAGCUGAACUUCCCAAACUAAAGGGUGUCGGCCGCACGAGGAAAUCCCGCUUCAGCCUGUACAGACACCUUCACAAACACGGCCUGACACACACAGACAGCGUGAGCAGCAUGGACAGCCAGGAGAGAGGCUCCAUGCACAAUCUCCACACAGGUGUAGGGGAGCUGAUGGGAAACACUCGUUUCUGGCACGGUAAAGAUUACUGCAACUUUGUCUACAAAGACUGGGUUCAGCUUGAGAAACCCUUCGAUGAUUUUAUUGAUCGCUACACGACUCCCAGAAUGCCCUGGCACGACAUCGCCUCGGUGGUUCACGGGAAAGCAGCGAGAGACGUAGCACGACAUUUUAUACAGCGCUGGAACUUUACCAAGAUAGUAAAACCGAAGUACCGCUCUCUCUCCUACCCUUUACUACCCAAAUCCCACAGCACUGCUAACGAGCUGCCGUACCAAGUGCCCAACUGCGUCACCACCAGAGUGCAGGUGUUGAGGUCAGCAGCUGAUUGGUCAGCAGGGAUUAAAUACCACGAGGAGUCAAUACACAACGCCUACAUCCAGGUUAUUGCCAAGAGCAAACACUUCAUCUAUAUCGAGAAUCAGUUCUUCAUCAGCUGCGCCGAUAACAAACAGGUUUACAACAAGAUUGGAGACGCCAUCAUCGAGAGGAUCAUCAGAGCUCACAAAGAGAAUAAGAAGUUCCGUGUGUAUGUGGUCACUCCUCUGCUACCAGGGUUUGAGGGUGAUAUCUCCACCGGAGGGGGCAGUGCACUGCAGGCUGUCAUGCACUUUAACUACAGGACCAUGAACAGAGGAGAAUACUCCAUCAUCUCUCAGCUGAAGAAAGAGAUGAAUGAUCAGUGGAUGAACUACAUCUCGUUCGGGGGUUUGAGGACACACUCGGAGUUGGAGGGACGUCUCGUCACCGAGCUCAUUUAUGUUCACAGCAAGAUGCUGAUUGCAGACGACAGCACCGUCAUCAUCGGUUCGGCGAACAUUAAUGACCGGAGCAUGUUGGGGAAGAGGGACAGUGAGGUGGCCGUGAUUGUGGAGGACACGGAGAAGGUCACAUCUGUAAUGGAUGGACAGAAGUACCAGGCGGGAAAAUUCGCUCUUCAGCUGCGACUUGAGUGUUUCAAGAUGAUCCUCGGAGCCUUCACUGAUCCCUCCAUCGACGUGAGCGAUCCGAUCAGUGAUCGCUUCUACAAAGAGGUGUGGAUGACCACAGCCAGCAGGAACGCCACCAUCUACGAGAAGGUGUUUCGUUGUCUUCCCUCCAGUUUUGUGAGGAACCUCCAGGAGCUUGUGAGCUUCCAAACCAAGGCUGGUUUGGAUAAAGAAGACCCAGUGAAAGCUCAGGAGAUGCUGAAGAAGAUCCGAGGUUUCCUGGUUCAGUUUCCUCUUGAGUUUCUGAGUGAACAAAACCUCAUGCCUUCUGUCGGCACCAAAGAAUCCAUGGUACCCACUGAGAUUUGGACCUGAUGAUGGACUGAAGAACAUCUGCACCUUGUUUUGGAGCUGUGACUGAUCCCAAACUCACGCUGACGUGAUUCAGUGUUUACAGGACGGACUGAAGGAACAAAACAAAAAAAAAGCAACAAAAAAAACUCCAUGUUUCCUCAUAGGUUUUAACUGAAAAUGUAGCAGCACCAUGUUCUGGUUUUCUAGAGUAUAUUGUAUGUUAGCAUUUUUUAAGCAUCACGCCAGUUCAUCGCUUUACCUGUGGCUCCACAACUAGCGCAAACUAGCCGAGCGUUCAGCCGAUAAAACUGCUAGCUAAAUUCUAACCCAGACUAGUCUUACAAACUCCAUUCAAAAAGCUGUUAGCUGGGGGUGUUAGCAUGUUAGAGCAGCUCAUGCAUGUUAGCUACAUUUAUUUCAGAGUAAAAAAAGCCAUGACAGAAGGAGUCGGAUUUUACUGCACUUUUAUACCAGAUUGUCGUAAAGGGAAAAAGUCACUCAUUUUAUUCUUUUCUCCUUAAAAACCCUGUUUGUUUCUUUGUCUUUUUCCAGUAAAUUAUUGUCUGUAAUUCAAUACUUGCUGCAUCUGUAGCAUUUUGCACUCUUUCAUUUGUUUUUUGUUUGUUUGUUUGUUUGUUUGUGUAAACUAACAAACCAAUUAAAGAAUAUUAUAUAAAUAA